AUGUACACACGCGGCUAUAUAGUAUGCUUGGUGGCAUUUCACAUUUUUUCUGGCGCGUUAUGUCUGUCUCCUACUGGCCGCCUGCGCACGUCUUUCCUGCACCCACCUACUCGGUACAAUACGCUUCACGGCGGCCGCUGGCGUCUGAAGAGCGACGGUGCCGAGCGUGAUUCGCCGUAUGUGUACGAAUUCCCAGCGUUGAACCGUCCGGAGUCGCGCAACCUCGUCUACUUCGACAACGCCGCCACGACACAAAAGCCACGUGCAGUAAUUGAGGCCAUUCUGGACUACUACAGCAACCCGUGCGCGAACGUUCACAGGUCCCAGCACGAUCUGGCCACAUCGGCGUCCACACGUUACGAGAGCGCCCGACACAACGUGUCCAGUUUCAUCAACGCAUCGAGCCCAUCGGAAAUCGUGUUCACCAGCGGAGCCACGGAAUCGAUAAACAUAGUCGCAGGAAGCUGGUGGUGGGUGGAGAAGCUGCAUGUGCCACACCGCGAUAACGUGGGACCCGGUGACGUGAUCCUGCUGCCUUUGUCUGAGCACAACAGCAACAUAAUUCCGUGGCAGCUGCAUGCUAACGACAGCGGUUGCCGCAUCGGUUUUAUCAAGCUUACGGAAGACGGUUCAGUCGAUUUGGACGACUAUAAUCGCCUGCUCGAUCAAGGCAACGUUAAGCUCGUUUCAUUGGCGCAUGCGUCAAACGUGAUCGGCCGCGUGCAAGAUCUCUCCACGAUCGUCAGGUUGGCCCACUCACGCGGGGCGAAGGUGCUGGUUGACGCCUGCCAGACACUCGGCCACAUUCCGAUUGACGUGUCAUCGAUAGGAUGCGACUUCUUGGUGGGUUCGGCCCACAAGAUGUACGGUCCCACUGGAGUGGGUUUCCUCUAUGCGAAGCGUUCGAUCCUGGAUUCCAUGCGACCUCAUAGGGGCGGUGGCGGCAUGGUAAAGAACGUAACCACUACCCGGUUUGAACUGGAGGACGUACCUCACCGGUUCGAGUCAGGCACACCACAGGUUGCUCAGGUGAUUGGUUUCUCCGCUGCAAUUGACUUUUUGAGAGACAUAGGGCUGUCUAAGAUUGCCGCAUACGAGCGCGAGCUUCUGAGUUACCUGCGUGACCAGCUAUGCAAGGUCGCCACUGUCUACAGCCCGGCUCUGGAUCCAAACUCGGAUGAGCACUGCCCCAUUGUUUCCUUCAACGUUGACGGAGUGAGCGCUUUCGAUAUAGCCGCACUGCUGGCAACACAUAAUAUCGCCGUGAGAGCUGGGCAGCAUUGCGCUCACAUCCUGCACCGUGACUACCUUAAGGUAGACCACAGUCUGCGGGUGUCGUUGGCGCUGUACAACACCCGUGGGGAGAUCGACGACCGUCGACCGUUUACGCACGGCGUCUGCACAAUGACGCUCACCCGGUCCCUCGCACGGCUGAAGUCCAGGAGUCCUUACCUGGGGUUCUUCCGCAACACCCCUUUCUAUAGAAGAUCUGGCGGCGACUCUAUCCUUAGGGUUAACCCCCGACUGGUUCCGAGCAAGCAGCUGGGAAAGACCUUGCUGCGCAUAGGCACGCUGGGCAUGGACCGCGCCAAGUUGGAACGCAUACUGAUCACAUGUGCUACCCAGAUGGGACAGGCGUUGGACGAUGUGAACCUGAGCACGUGCCUCUCCUUGAUGGUGCGACUGCAGAUAUCCAACCCGCAGUGCCUGGAGAGCCUGGUGCCGUAUUGCUACCGGAUAUCCGAUCUGGAGCGUGCCAUAGCCUGUUGUCACCUAAUCGGCAUGGUGCCAGGCAGCCGAGACUCGCCCAGCGCACGGGCAUUCGUAGUACACGUGUCGCAGCGUGUUCCCCUCGAAGGCCAUUCACUGCUUUUGCGCGACUUGGGGCGUUUAUGCGAGUCUCUUCGCGUCCUAGACCUGUACUGUGAAGAUUUGGGCGAAUUCCUGGCUUCCGUGAUUGAAGAUGAGCUGAUUCACUCCGAGUCCAGCGAGGACGCGGUGUACAUUACGUCUGUUCUCGGCUAUUUGGGUCGUAUGGGAGUAGGCAGCGUGCCACUGUGGCGGCUGUUCAGCCGUUAUACGGCCACGGAGGGUAUCCACAGCAACCCGAGGGUGUUGAUUAAGGCGUUGGAGUCGUUUUGCGACCGCCGAAUCAAGCAUGAGUCGCUGCUGAACCAGGCUGGCGACGCACUGGCCCUUGUGUUGGACUCGUUACGCCCGUCUGAAGUUGCCCGUGUCGCGGAUGUGUACUCGAGACUCGGAUUCUACCACAAACGGCUGGCCGAGGUGCUUAUUCUUGGCGCGGAGCGUGUCACACCAUUUCUGGACGCAAGCGACUCGGUGAAGCUGUUGCGAACAUUCGUGCAGGCGUACUCGCAGCCAGGCACGCACGCUGCGAUCACCCAGGACCCAUCACUAUCGCAUCGCCAUCGCAGGGCCCUGUACCUGACGUUCAACCGCUGCACCACAGGGUUGAAGUAG